GGUAGUUGGUUGGGGAUUCGCGGAGAUUCGGUCGUCGGACUCGUCGGAGUGCGGACUGAUUAGUGAUUACUCUCUCGUGGGAAAGAGUGCAGAUGAUGAUAACACCGGUGAUUGAUUAGAACAAUAGAAGAUUUUUUUUAAUAGGUCUCCACUACAUCUUAAGCGUCUUGCAUUUUUCAAUUUUUCAUGGCUAUCAUUUUAUUUAUUACCUAUUAAGUAAUUUUCUACUUUUGCAGUAUUAGUUAAUAGUUAUUAGUUACUAUUACCGAGUAUAUUUAUUUAGAAGAAAUUGAUUAAUAAAAUUAAAAACCACCAAAUUCAAAAUAAUUUUUUUUAUGUAACUUAACAUUUAAUUCAGUAUUAUUUAAAUUAAAUACAAUGUGAUACAAAUGGUAAUGAAGGAGAGAUUUAUAGAUAUAAUUUCAAAUUGAUUCUACUGUAUCGUGAGUAGCUGGAUAUUUUAUUCCUUGACCAUGAAUAAUAACAGCAGUGUCCUUGUUGGAAACUCAGUGGUUUUUUUGGAUAUCGAAAUUGCCCAAGAAAAAAUUGGACGAAUUGUUAUUGAAUUAUUUAAUAAUGUAGUACCUAAAACUGCUGAAAAUUUUAGAGCUCUUUGUACGGGUGAAAAAGGUAAUGGUUUAUCAGGAAAGCCACUACAUUUAAAAGGGUCAUCGUUCCAUCGAGCUGUUCCAGAAUUUAUGAUCCAGGGUGGUGACAUUACUUCUGGUAAUGGAUCUGGCGGUGAAAGUAUAUAUGGUUUGUUUUUUGAGGACGAAAACUUUGAACUACUGCAUGAAGAACCUGGAGUUUUGAGUAUGGCAAACACAGGCAAUAAAAAUACUAAUAAUUCCCAGUUUUUCAUCACAACUGCUCCAUGUUCACAUUUGGAUGGCAAGAAUGUUGUUUUUGGAAAAGUAAAAAGAGGAUUUUGUGUGGUUCAGACAAUUUCUGCCACUACUACUAAUAAUGAUAUCCCUAUUAAUCCUUGUAUAAUCACAGAUUGUGGUGAGCUACCGAGUGAUAGUAAUACUUGGAAUAUUAAUGAAAAUGAUACAACCAAUGAUGUUUUCCCCCCUUUCCCUGAGGAUUGGACCAUUCAGCCAAUUGAUCUUGAUGUAAUACAAAUCUGUGAUGUACUAAAUAAAAUCAAAGAAUCAGGAAACCAAUUCUAUAGCUGUAAAAAUUAUUCAUGUGCUAGACGAAAAUAUGACAAAGUGUUACGAUAUUUUAAAUGGUAUAAAAGUUAUCAUAAAAAUUCUAAAAUAGAUUUAAAUAUGCUGGAAACCAUACAAACAAAUACAUUGUUAAAUUUGUCAACUGUUCAUUUGAAAGAGAAAAAUUACAAAAUUUCAAUUGAAUUAUCAGAACAAGUUUUAAACAUAGAUUGUAACAACGGCAAGGCUCUUUUCCGUCUUGGUAAGGCCUAUAAAUCAAUAAAUAACUAUGAAAAAGCAAUUAAAUACUACGAACAAGCUUUGGACAUUUUUCCGGAUGAAAAAAACAUUUUAAUUGAGUUAAAAAAUGUAAAACAAGCUCAAAAGCAAUAUAUAGACACAGAAAAAAUACUUUACUCGAAAAUGUUUCUACCAUAGCGAGAUAGGUUUUGGCUAAUAAUAUGAUAUACUAUUAACUAUUAAGCAUACUACUCAGAAUAUUUUAUUUUAAUAUUGAUGAAGUCAAGGUGGUUUGAAUUUUGAUAUGAACUUAUGUUAACUUUUUUAUAACUUAAAAAUAGUAUUCUAUGCAUUAUUGUUAUAGUUCUUGUUUAAUUUUAAAAUAUUAUUGUCUGAACACUUAAAUAACAAACAUAAAAUACUUGAGAAUUGUGAUAUAAUUUUAAGAAAUAUAAUAUUACUUGCACACAUAAAUAAA